AUGGUGCAGGGCCACGCCGCUCUGGCUUCGGCCGACCACAGAGACGAGGCUGCCCUCCCCUCUCUUCCCCCGCACGCCGCUCUAGCCGCCGCCCUCGGUGAUGGCGACUCCGCGGAGUGCGCGCGCAUGCCUUCGCCUGCCCGCCGGGCUCCGUCUCUUCGGCGCGGGCGGCUGGCCGGAGCUGAGGCUGCCUCCCUCCUUCCUCCCCCCUCCGGCCGGCCAUGGAGCUGGAGGCGCCGGACCAAGCAGGCAGCGCCGGCAGAGACCGAGGCGGGGAGCCGGAGCCGUCACCCCGGAGGCGGGAUGGGGGGCCCUGGAAGCAGCUGGAGGUUGACUGCUGCAGAGAGUGUAACUGAGGCCCUGGGACGAGGAGGCCUGGACUGGGACUCCAAGAAGAUGGUUCUGACAGAGCCGUCCCUAACAGGGCAGCCGGGGGUUGGGCAAGGGAAGAAGAUAGGCCACCGGGGAGUGGGCAGCCUCCGGAGAGACGACCUACAAGAAGACCCACGUCAUCCCACGCUAAAAGGAGCCAUCCAGCUCGGCAUCGGCUACACCGUGGGGAACCUGAGUUCCAAGCCUGAGAGAGAUGUCUUGAUGCAGGAUUACUACGUGGUGGAGAGCAUUUUCUUUCCCAGCGAAGGCAGCAACCUCACACCCGCCCAUCACUAUCCCGACUUCCGAUUCAAAACCUACGCGCCUGUGGCUUUUCGAUAUUUCCGAGAGCUUUUCGGCAUUCGCCCGGACGAUUAUUUGUAUUCCUUGUGCAACGAACCUCUCAUUGAGCUGUCCAACCCGGGGGCCAGCGGCUCCCUCUUCUACGUCACGAGCGACGACGAGUUCAUCAUCAAGACCGUGAUGCACAAAGAGGCAGAAUUCCUUCAGAAGCUCCUCCCAGGAUAUUACAUGAACUUGAACCAGAAUCCGCGGACGCUGCUGCCCAAGUUCUACGGCCUCUAUUGCGUUCAGUCCGGAGGCAAGAACAUCCGGGUCGUGGUGAUGAACAACAUCCUUCCCCGGGUGGUGAAGAUGCACCUGAAAUACGACCUGAAGGGCUCCACCUAUAAGCGCCGGGCGUCCAAGAAGGAGAAGGAGAAGUCUAGCCCCACCUACAAGGAUCUGGAUUUCAUGCAGGACAUGCCAGAAGGCAUCAUGCUGGAUACAGAUACCUUCAGCGCUCUGGUGAAAACCUUGCAGAGGGACUGCUUGGUGCUUGAAAGCUUCAAAAUCAUGGACUACAGCCUGCUCCUGGGCGUCCAUAAUAUCGACCAGCUGGAACGGGAACGGCAGGCUGACGGAGCCCAGAGUGUCUCCGACGAGAAGCGGCCUGUGGGCCAGAAGGCGCUGUACUCGACUGCAAUGGAGUCUAUCCAGGGCGGGGCGGCCCGGGGAGAGGCCAUCGAGACAGACGACACGAUGGGCGGCAUUCCAGCCGUAAACGGCAAAGGGGAGCGCUUGCUUUUGCACGUGGGCAUCAUAGACAUACUCCAGUCCUACAGGUUUAUCAAGAAGCUGGAACAUACGUGGAAGGCGCUCGUUCACGAUGGGGUCACUUAUUACCUGUACAGUUUGGUGGAGUCACUUUUCACCGAUCCUUCUACUGCAGACCCUGCCUCGUGCCCCAGAGGGGCAAGGCAGGAGAGAUUGGACAUCCCGCUUCUGAAAACCUUGCUCUGCACUGAACAGAAUUUGGACCAAAACUUUGAUUCGGUUUCGAAAACCAGGCGCCAAAUUAAAUGGGGAGCGGAGUUUUUUGUCCCCAGGUGGCCACCAGUAGUAUUGACUGCAGGAGGCAUGUUGUCUGCAUAG